CACUGCUCGUCAGUCUUUUCCUGCUCGUCGCCUCAUCUGACUCGUCAUCUGGCACACGCGAUCAUAACCGGGAUCAAAGUAAUGAAAGCCUGGAAGCCUUCGCCUGUGCCGCAUAGACCCCCUCGGUGUUCGUCCCUACUCUGCUCCUGCCACCCACUGUCACAUUACACCGAUUUCACCAAUGUCGGCCACCACAGGAAACAAAGUGUACGUCGUCACCGGUGCCAAUCGAGGCCUCGGUCUUGGCCUUGUGCAAUCGUUCCUUGCGCGUCCCCAACACACGGUGGUCGCCACUGUCCGUAGCGAGCAAGCCAAACAGUUGCUAGAAGACGAGGUCAAGAGCGUCACGAAAGGAACUGGCAGCACACUUGACAUCAUACAAUAUGACUUCUCCACGGCCAUCGCUCCGAAGCAGGUGGAAGCUGCAUUCGCCAAACUGAACAUCCGGCACAUUGACGUUCUGGUGCUCAACGCUGGAGGGGCACAGCCAAUGGUCCCACCAAGCGAAACCACAGCCGAGGACCUACGCGCAGCUUUCGAGACCAACACCAUCGCGCCUCUGCUCGCCUUCCAGGGCCUAAAGUCCUAUCUGCUCCAAGCCAAAUCCACUCCCAAACUCAUCUGGGUCACCUCUUCGGUCGGAAGCAUCGCCGACAUGGACCCGCUAGGCGGCGGCGCCUACGGUCCGAGCCGAGCGGCACAGAACUGGCUAGCGCGCUCCAUCCAUCUCGAAUUCAACAGCGCAAAGGAAGACACGCGUCUGAUCGUCAUUCCCCUGCAUCCGGGAUGGGUGCAGACGCGAGCGGGGCAAUACGUCGUCGAUCAGUGGCAGUCGGCGCUCAAGGCCAUCGACUACAACAUCGAGAAGCCCCCGACUACGCUCGAGGAGAGCGUUUCCGGCAUGAUCAAAGUUAUUGACGAUGCCAAGGCGGAGCAGUCAGGGCAAUUUCUGACCUAUCAAGGCAAGACCCUGCCGUGGUGACUUAUUGUCACAGCGCCAGAUGUAAUCCGUAAUCGCGUCCGGUGCUGAAACCACUAACGUGCUCCACCAGUAAGCUGGCCACCCCACCAAACUAUCGCAACUCCGUCUGCGCCAACGACCAUGACUUAGCAACAACGUCCUCAGCAGACCUCUUGUAAAGGAAGACCAAGUCUUGCGAUAGUCUCCUAUUAAAAUAACCCACAUCAAUCACUCUGCGCGCUUGCAACUGUAACAACGCUCUACGAACAGUGACCCGAUACCACUAGGAUUCGGUUCUAGCGACUCAUGACCAUGGCCCUUGUCGCAUAGCAUAAGCUCACACUAAACUGCUACUAAACCCUUAUAUAUAAGGAGCAAGGAACUGUAGCAUUGUAGAGUAGUCUUUCUGUAUCCUUUUG